UGAAACAAACUGCAAUCAUGCAGCCAGGCUCGGCGCCAGACACCCUCACACCUCCCCUCUCAGAGAAGGGCAAAGAGACGCAGCAGGAUGCAGCAACAGGUGGCUGGCAGGGUGUCUCUGGCAUCGUCCCGACGUUGCAGAACAUCGUGGCAACCGUCAAUUUGGACUGCAGGCUGGAUCUCAAGACCAUCGCGCUGCACGCCAGGAAUGCCGAGUAUAACCCAAAGCGUUUCGCCGCGGUCAUCAUGCGUAUCCGAGAACCAAAGACAACAGCUCUCAUCUUUGCAAGCGGCAAAAUGGUCGUAACCGGUGCAAAGUCAGAAGACGACUCCAAGUUGGCUAGUCGUAAGUAUGCGCGCAUCAUUCAGAAGCUCGGAUUCAAUGCAAAAUUCACCGACUUCAAGAUCCAGAACAUCGUCGGCUCUUGCGACGUCAAGUUUCCCAUUCGUCUCGAGGGUCUCGCUUACUCACACGGCAAUUUCUCAUCAUACGAGCCAGAGCUCUUUCCUGGUCUCAUUUACCGCAUGGUCAAGCCCAAAAUUGUGCUUCUCAUUUUCGUCUCUGGCAAGAUUGUGUUGACUGGUGCCAAGGUGCGAGAAGAGAUUUACCAAGCCUUUGAGAGUAUCUACCCAGUGCUGUCGGAGUUCAAGAAGCCAUGAAGGCUCUGUCUGCAUUCCUGCGCUUCAUGAACCACGCGCAUCCCUUACGCUCUCGAUAAUCUCCAGCCCUCGUCAUGUGCAAGCUCACCCACUCACUCUUAGCUCAGCCUAGCAGCGCAAUCUUGGUGCCACUGCGCUCACUUACGACAUAUUGUCAACCACCAUCAAGACUCCCUCGACCGUGUAAUAGUAGACUAGCUCCAUACCUCUGGUAGCAAACCAUCCUGUAAUAGCAAGACUUGAAACUGGC